AUGUCUCAGAGAUUCCAGGAUGCUGCUAUAUUAGGACUAGGUCAGCUUUAUGGGAUCACUUCCAACUACAGCCAGAAACAGAAUGACAAUCCCACGUCGAAGAGAAAGCUGGCGGCAGCAACCGCUGCUUCUGUGUUAGGUGCUAGUUUUGACAAGUGGAAAGAUAAAGGUGAAGAGCGUAAGCGCAGUGGAAGCAGUGGGAGUAAUGGUGAAGAUGACUCCAGAGAUAUAAGUGGUACUUUCAGUGAUGGUGCUACGGAUGAUGAUACAGAUGGCUUUUGGAGAGAUUCAGAUUUUGAAGAAGAUGGUGAAGAAAGAAGUUCUACAGAUAUCAAAAGAGAAAAAACAAUGGAUAAGACACAAUCUCAUUUCAUUGAUAUAUUAUUGGAGAAGCUACUAGUACAUGCUGUCAUUCCUGAUAAGAAAGAUUUAGAGUUCCGUGUAAAUGAUCCAUUGAGAAAAGAAGGUGAAAGUUUAUCAAUACCAAAAUUCACUAAAAAUUUGAGGAAAAUGACUGCUAGGCUAGGUGGUGCGUUCCAAGCCCAGUAUUUCAUUCUGAGAAUAUUCCACUGGACUCAACCAUCUCUGACAAUUACAUCUUUAAUGAUUUAUACUUAUGUUGUCUUACAUCCUAAUUUGUUGUUCAUAUUGCCUUUGAUCUAUUUAUUAUAUGGAAUAAUGGUACCAGGUUAUCUUCAUAGACAUCCGAUUCACAAACCAAAAUUACUAAAAGUCAGACCAAGAGGUGAAUCUUUACUUGAAUUAUUUUCCAAAAUUGAUAACCCUAAAAUGGCAGAGAUUGUUGAUGAAGAAAAAGCCAUUGAAGAAGAGGAAAUUGAAAAAAGAGUUCCAGAACUGAAUGAAACAAUUGAUAGUAAUGUAAAGCUGUUGAAGAAAAAUAUGGAAUUCAUUGUCAAUAUGAGAGAUUUGCAAAAUUCCUUGACAAAUUUGUUAGGUGGUAUUGACAAUAUUGAGAAAUUUUGGUAUGGUACAGCUGGUUUCAAAGAUGAAAGAAUUUCAACCUCGUUAUUCUUCACUGUCUUCUUAACUGUUUGUAUACUGGUCCUUAUUGGACCAUAUAUCCCUUGGAGGAUUAUGAUGAUAACAAAUGGAUGGCUGUUAUUCAUAUUAAUACAUCCAAAAGUUUAUCCAAAACUUAUGGAAUUCAAUAAUUUAAUUAAACCACAAAAAAAGGACUUGGAUAAGAUUGUUAAAGAUUCGGAAAGAAGAGAUAUUAUAAUUGAUGAUCCACCUGAAAUAAAAGAGGUUGAGAUAUUUGAGAUUUUCCAAAAAAGUUUCACUUCAUCAAAUUGGGAAUUUUAUAUGUUUUCACAAAAUAUUUUCGAUAUGAGUGAUGCUUAUAGAAAAGCACAGAAACCACCACCUGGAGUCGCAACAAUAGACUCUGUCCAACCACCAAAGGGUUGGAAAUUUGAAGAUGAUGAACCAUGGAAUAUAGAUUAUGAGUGUUUAGAAUGGUGUCAAAAUCGUGGAUUAAGAUUGAAUCGUGAUAAUUUUAUUGAUGAAAACAAUGAAUUUCAUAUUGAUGAUGAAUUCAAAAGACGAAGAUUAUUUAGAAAUGUUAUUAGAUAUUCAAGACCUGCAAGAAAACCUACACAUGUUUUAUGA